UGGAAACUGACUCCCUUACUGACUACUUGAGAUCAUUCAUCAUCAAAAAGUCCGUCUAUCUAUGAACCAUCGGUUGAAUUGGAGAAACCACGCGUUGAUUCCUAUAUGUUGCCGCUUUAAAUUAAGAUGACGUGAAUUUUUCGAAAGUGCUCCAGGUCUUAGAUAGUUAGGGAAGUUCUUUGGAAUACUUAGCGGAUGGAGUGGUGACUCAAAUAGUUUAUUUACGACACUAUGGAGAAAAUGUGGCCUUUAAAGAAGUGCUGUUUUUGCUUUAAGCUUGAAACCGGUGCCUACACUUUAGGUAUAUUAGGAAUUUUCGCCUGCCCGUUAAAUGUAUAUUUCCUGUUCCUGACGAUAAAUGAGAAGAAAGCGGAAACGGUUCCAGUUCCUGUGAAGCUGUAUGGGACGAUUUGGUCUGCGAUUGCCCUAAUCGCAUUCACUAUGCUCAUAAUUGGAUCGAAGAAACGGGAAAGACAGUGCUUGAUCCCUUAUUUGCUUAUGAAUAUGUUAAGUUUGAUCUUGAACCUGAUGGCUUUGACAGCUGUUGCAAUAUACCUCUUACUUGCUGGAAGGAUGCUAAUAGGUGUGGCCAUUUUGAUUGGAACUCAUAUAUUAACUGCUUGGGGAGUUUAUAUUUGGAUGUGCAUUUAUUCGCUGUAUUUGGAAAUGAUUGAUGAUGAGAAAAAUCAAGUCGAUCCAGCAUACGUUUGAAUUCAAAGUAAGUCAAUCAACAAUACCUGAGCAUUGAUUUUUACUGCAACCACCAUGUACAAUGAAAUAUUCUAAGUGACCUUUAUGAAUUCAGUCACUUUGUAUAAAUUAUUUAAAAAAUAUACUGCCUUCAAAUAUUUAUAGUUUGCCUUGAAGAUACAAUAAAAAUUAGAGCCACAAAAAAAUUAUAGAAUGUAGCCAACAUAUUAACAAACGUACGUAUACUUUGCCA